AGUGGCGCCAGGCUCCUCGUCUACGUCACUGCUGGUAGACACGCCCACCAACUCACUACAUUUCCGCAAAGUUUUCUUUUCGUCCUCUCUUUUCGUUUUCCGUUAAAGUUCGGGAUAAUUUGAAACAAUGAGCGACAUUCAGCCGGACAGUUCAGCUGCAGUAAAAUACGAAGGAGAGGAAAAUGACUGGGCUGCAGCCAAAGCUUUUUUCGACAACCUCAAAUCAAACAAACCGAGACCUCCUAAACCGAGGAACGCCGUCACCAUCGCCGUGUCGUCUCGGACCCUCUUCAACAUGGUGGCAGAGAGGAAGAUCUACGAGGAGGAAGGUGUUGAGAAGUACGUCACCUACCAGGUGGACAACGAGAACCAACCUCUGAAACCAGGACCGGCGUUCCCCUUCGUCAAGGCGCUGAUGACGGUAAACUCUCGACUGAGGAAGCUGUACCCAGACAGCGAGGAGCUGUUCGACAUCGUUUUGAUGACGAACAAUCACGCCCAAGUUGGAGUGCGCCUCAUAAACAGCAUUAAUCACUACGAUUUGACAAUUGAGAGAUUCUGUAUGACGGGAGGAAAAAGUCCUAUAGGCUACCUGAAGGCCUACUUGACCAAUCUUUACCUGUCCAAGGAUUCCGACAAAGUCACAGAAGCUAUUGAGGAAGGCAUUGCUGCAGCCACCAUGUUCACACUCGACAAGGAGACCGAGUUGUGUGAGAACCAGCUGAGAGUGGCGUUUGAUGGUGACGCCGUCCUCUUCUCAGACGAGUCGGAGGUUAUUGUGAAGAAACAUGGCCUGGACUCUUUUUUUGAGCAUGAAAAGAAGUUUGAAAACAGCCCUCUGGCUCAGGGGCCGUUAAAAUGUUUCCUGGAGGCCUUGGGAAAGCUCCAGAGAAAAUUUUAUGCCAAAGGCCAGCGUAUGGACUGUCCCAUUCGAACGUUCCUGGUGACGGCCCGCAGUGCUGCCAGCUCAGGGGCGCGCGUCCUAAAGACACUCCGGAGCUGGGGCCUGGAGAUCGAUGAAGCGAUCUUUCUCGCCGGGGCACCCAAGGGGCCCCUCCUUCAGAAGAUAAAACCACACAUCUUCUUUGAUGACCAAAUGUUUCACAUUGAGGGAGCCAAGGAACUGGGCACCAUUUCUGCACACGUCCCCUACGGUAUCGGACAGAAGUACAAAAAGGAGAAGCUGAUUGAGCAGCCAGCUAAGGAGGAAUGAACGUGCAGUGCAAAGAAGUCAUAGCCUGAAAAUGGUUAAAUUUAAUAUAUGCAGAAGUUGGCACUUGAAAAGCCAGAGUGUGUAGAAUUUACAGAUUUUUAUUUGCAGAAAUCAAACAUAACAUUCAUAAGUAUCAGUUAUCCACCUGUUUAAAUGGGAGCCAGCCCCUUCAUGGAGGCUGCCAUGUUGUAGCGCCGUGCUGAUACAGUAUCCCAAUAGGGACAUACUCACUCUGUCAUCGGCGUUUUGAAGUGUGAUUGCAAAAUGGCAGAAAAAAAGAAGAGGAAUACUGGUUGAUCUCCUGUACACUCUCUACUGGUUGCUCGUGCAGGCUGCCGUGUUUGCAAACCCUCACGUUUGUGAAAUGGAGCAAUGAUGGCAAAAAUGCAGUCUGCAACUUCACCACUAGAUGGUGCUAAAUCUUACACACUGUAGCUUAAAACGCUAAUGUUCUCUGGUUGUUGUGUGUUUGGGGCUCAGUAAAACGUUUCUACUUUGGUUCGGUGUAUCUUCCUUUACUCUCUAUGACUACUUGAUAGGGAACUGUUUUAAAAUUAAGAACCAUUCACUAUUUCGGUUAUUGAUAUGUUCUGUGUGUGUAUUACUGGGGUUGGUUUACCUUUCCAUUUGUUCCUAUUCUGAAUUUUCCCGUGUUUCGUGUUAUGUACUCAGCUGUUUUAUGCACCUGAGCUUUUGGGUAACUGUUACUGCCAUAUUUAUCACCACGAACACAGUUUGCUGUAAUGAGUGUAUUUUGUUUUUGUUUUUUUAUUGCAAGUGGAUUUUCAAAGUGUAAAAAAUAACCAACUCCAGACUGUAACUUC